UUGACGACGCGUUGCAUAACGAGAGACACGCACUCGUCACGACGGUCCGCGAAAAAGUUUCCAGGCGAAUGGCGAUCGACGCUAAACGUCGGUGUAAAGUACAGACGAGGGAAAUGGUGUACAAGUGUCUGCCGGUGUAUUUUUGGCGGGCGUGUCUGGCCGAAUCGCGAGGCCCUUGACGCGUUUUCUGCUUUUCGGACGCAGUAGCCGCUAAGUUAGUCGUGGUGAUGUUCGUACGAUCGCUAGAUCCUGCGGGAGCGUAGCAACCCCUUCGCCGACGAGCUAUGGAGGACAAUCCAAUGCAAGAAAUUCCGGCUUACGUUAGGCAUCGUGGAUCGCACGUGAGAACGCGAGUCGCGGUGAUGAUACUCAUCUGCGUCGGAUUGAUGAUUAUUUACUGGUUCGUCAGUUCGAGCAUGGAAAAUCGGCGGGAUGGUAGACAUAGGGGGUCGACCGGUGGGAAGUCUCGUAAAAUGGCCCAUUUGGAGAGGCUGUCCGAUCAGGUUUUACCGUUAGAAUACACUUUGAAAAUAUUGCCCAUAUUAGAAGAAAAGAAUUUCACGAUGAUCGGCGACGUGGAGAUUCAGUUUUCUUCCAAAUUACCGACUAAGCACAUACGACUUCACGCUCGUAAGCUCCUCAUACAAGACAUUAGCGUGAGGGAAUACCGCUCGCCGAACGCGCCGAAGUUAACGAACAUGUACGUCGUAAAGGACGAGGAGGACUUCAUCGACGUGUUCCUUCUGCAUGUAUUGAUAGCGAAGGAGGUUUACAUUUUGCAUAUAAAAUAUACGAUCCCGUUGCACGAAAAUCCGACGGGACUUUUCAGGAGCGCGCACGUCGACCGUGAUACGAACGAAACCAGAUGGAUAGCGGUGUCGAACUUCUCCCCGGAUUACGCUCGGACGGCUUAUCCGUGCUUCGACGAGCCGUGGAUCAAAGCGCCGUUUCGCAUCUCGAUCGGUCGAAAGUCUGACAUGCGAUCGCACUCGAACUCAAAGCGCAAUUUCACCGAGGAAAUACGCGGCAUGCCGGGAUACGUUUGGGACCAUUACGAGAGAACUUUCCCGAUGGCCACUUACGUGGUCGCCUUUAUGGUCACUGAUUUUUCGAGUUACGACGUCGCCGUCGCCGAUCGACCGUCGCAUACGAUCUAUUUCAGGAAAGAGAUCGCGAACGAUACGAGAUACGUUGGCGACCUGACGUCGAAGGUUCUCCGUGUGAUACAGAACCUUACUAGAUUUUUUUACGAAUUAGACAAACUGGACGUGAUCGUGAUUCCUAACUUAGCCUAUGCCGCGAUGGAAAACUGGGGCCUCAUAACGCUCCGAGAAGACUUUAUCUUUAUAAGGAAAGAUAAUAUUACUGACAAUAGAUCCAAAAGGGAAUUGUCUAUUAUCGUGGCACACGAAAUCGCCCAUCAAUGGUUCGGCAAUUUGAUAACGCCAAAAUGGUGGGACGAAGUAUGGCUGAAAGAAGGAUUCUCCGAAUUUUUCGGAUUUCUAGCGUUAAAUGCGCUUGAGCCUGCAUCUUGGGACGUGCAGGCCCAUUUCCUGAUCGAGUGUCACCGCGUGUUUGACACUGACGCCGGCGAAGCGGCACACCCGUUGCACAUUGAUCUCGGAAAACUGAACGGGCUCACCGGCAUCUUCGAUUCGACGUCAAGGGUAAUUUCGUACAUCAAGGGUAAUUGCGUGACGCACAUGAUCUAUCAUUUUCUGGGCGAGCGGAUCUUCUUCUCGUCUGUGCGCCACUACAUGCGCAUGUACCACUAUCGCAACGCCGAUCAGGAGGAUCUCUGGAGCGCUUUUCAGGUGGAGAUCGAUGGAGCGAACGGGCUACCGGCUUCCUCGGGGCUCCGCAUGAAGGACGUUAUGCGAACUUGGACGUAUCAGGCCGGCCUCCCUGUCCUGCACGUCCAACAGAACCGCGAAACCGGUGCGAUCGAGCUUACGCAGGACCGAUUUUAUCAUUAUGGCCUAAAUAGUACGAGCGAAGAGUUAUGGCACAUCCCGUUGACGUGGACAACCGAAAAUGAACAGCAAUUUAGUAAUACCCUGCCGAAGGCAUGGAUGGUCAAGAAACGCAUGAAAAUUAACGACAUUGCUUUGAGCCGGGCGACUUCCAACAACCAGUGGAUUCUGUUCAAUAUCAAUCAAACGGCGUUGUAUCGUGUCAACUAUGAUGCGGAGAACUGGAAAUUGUUGACAGAGUCUUUCCGAGCUUUGCCGGAAAUAACUAAAACGCAGGUGCUGACCGACUCGGUGGCGAUGGCUAACGCCGGACUGCUUGAUAAGAGAAUCAUGUGGAAUAUUCUUGAGAAAAUGGAAAUGGAAAGUGAGGAGAUAUUAUGGACACCCGUGUUGAGUUUAUUGACCAACAUCCAGGAUCAACUUUGGAACUCGAGCUUGUUCGAGUUCGUCAUAUGCAAGUUUAUAGAUAAGGUGUACAGCAAGAUAGCACCGACGGUGAUUCAUAAGGAUCCCUCGCUGUGGACAGACUUUGAAAUUAACUUAAUGAAAGCGGCAUGUUCGGUGAACUAUCAAGCGUGCUUGACGACGGUCCUCGACUACGUUCGAGAAAUGCUUCGAAACGAGUCGUCGGUCUCUUUACCACAAGGAUUUCGUAACUGGGCGUACUGCACAGUCAUGAGAGUCGCUACGGAGAAACAAUGGCUGGCACUCCUGGAAAGAUACAACGAAUCAGGGGUACAUGAUAAGGAAAGCCUCGCCUUCGCAUUGGGAUGUCAUGCUGACGCGAGUCUGCUGGAAAGAUAUCUGUAUAUAAUAUAUUCACAACAGAAUAUAGAGUCUAAAUACGUAAACACAGCUCUGGAGUCCAUUGCGUUGAAUCCAUAUGGAUAUCACGUUGCAAUACAGUUCAUAACUCAACAUUGGAAUAAGUUUAACGCAAACGCAACAGACGGAAGUAAUAAUUACGCAAAUGUUACCUUGACCGAUGUAUUGGAUGCCUUCUCAAGACGCAUUCAUCAAGAAGAGGAUGUGGAAUGGCUACUACAACUGAAAGGCAAGAGUGAGAAGUACGACGCCGUGAUCGGGAUGGUUAUUAAUAGAGUCCAGACCAAUGUCGCACGGUAUAAAAAGGAGAAAAAUGAGAUAUUGAAGAUACUAGAAGAAAUUUCUGUGAGAUAUACCGAGACAAAAAAUUGCCAAAAACAAAAUUAAUGGAAAUAUGUGCAUUGAAAGAUUCAUUUAAAUCAGCACACCUAUAUGCGAUUACUCAACAUAAAUAAAAUAAUUACAAAUAAUUAUAGUACAAUCAGCUUCUACAGACUGUGAUGACGUUGCAAUCAAAAACUAACUUCUUACUUUACUAACUUCUAUCAGUUUUUGUUUAUUAAUAAAGAUACAAUAAUUUAACGAAAAAAUAUACAUUUUUUAUAGGAUCAGAUAAAGA